GGAUGGGUUAAGAUGAAUCAGCUGAUGAUGACCAGACGUUGUGAAAUCCAUUCAUUGAAUAGAGUUGAUAUUUCUCGCGAUUUGAAGGAAAAAUAUAUCCCCAAACUUUGCUGAAGUCUGUGAAAUCCUUCUGCGUAAUUUGUUUUCUGAGCGAAUGCCAAAGAUGCGUCUGUUAAUUGUGUCCAGUGGACAUUUCUGGUAACUUAAUGCGCGUCACAACUUGCUUAUAUUUUUAGGGGCUUUUACUACUACACUUGUUUUGCUGAAAUCAAUUGACACCGAAUUAUGGCCACGCGCAUACGACCGAGUAGUAAACGGUGUGCAGUCAUUGGUGGUUCAGGGUUCCUUGGGAGAUACCUGGUGGAGCAGCUCCUCGAUCGGGGUUAUAGUGUCUCGGUUUUUGACAUUCGUCAGGGGUAUGAACUCCCUGGAGUCACCUUCCACCUUGGGGAUCUGUGUGACAAACAGGCAUUGCUCGCAGCUCUGCAGGGUGUGUCCCUGGUGUUUCACUGUGCCUCACCUGCUCCCUCCUGUGAUGACCGUGCCCUUUUCCACCGUGUCAAUGUUGACGGGACACGGAACGUGCUGCAAACCUGCCAGGAAGCAGGGGUCCAGAAAGUGAUCCUGACCAGUAGUGCCAGUGUGGUGUAUGAAGGCACAGACAUCAAGGAUGGCAAGGAGGAUUUGCCCUAUGCCAAGAAGCCUAUUGAUUAUUACACCGAGACCAAGAUCCAACAGGAGAAGCUGGUCCUGGAGGCCUGCGACACUCAGAAGGGUUUCCUCACUGUUGCCAUUCGUCCUCAUGGGAUCUUCGGGCCUCGGGACCCCCAGCUGGUCCCCAUCUUGGUGGAUACAGCCAAGCGGGGAAAGAUGAAGUUUAUCAUCGGUGACGGAACUAACCUGGUGGACUUCACCUUCGUUGAGAAUGUUGCUCACGGACACAUCCUGGCUGCUGAGAGCCUGCGGCCAGAAUCUCCCAUUUGUGGCAAGGCCUAUCACAUCACCAACGACGAGCCUGUGCGUUUCUGGGACUUCAUGUCCCAGAUAUUGGUGGGGCUGGACUACGACCCCCCCAAAUACCGCCUGCCCUACCGGCUCGUGCAUGUGCUGGCCAUGUUACUCUGGCUACUGGUUCUUUUCCUUCGCCCUGUUCUACAGCUGCGACCCACCUUCACCCCCAUGCGUGUGGCCCUCGCUGGCACACACCACUAUUACAGUUGCACCCGUGCCAAGGAGGACCUAGGCUACCGUCCGCUGGUUAGCCUUAAGGAUGCCAUCACCCGCACUGUGAACAGCUACAGCCAUCUCCGUAGGGUGGCUUAACCAGAGCUACCUCUGUCUACACCAUGGAGUGUGUGUGUGUGUGUGUGGCAUGGAUUGACAGAUUGAUUGAAGGAAUGAACCGCAGGAAUACACCACAGAUUAUGAGAAUGUAUUGGUCUUAAAGUGUUGAAGUACCCAAUAUUCAUCCUGACACCCAUUAAUAAGACUAAAAUAGCUUUAAGACAUUCUGGAAAGUUGUCUAAGAGCUAUCAAAUGAUAAAGUUAAAUUUCAUUAUUGAACUUUUUCCACUUUAGAUUUAUUGGCUCAAUUUGUCUAUAAAGUAAACUGUUUAGCCUACCUUUCUCUGCCAGAUUUUGUAUUCCAGUAACUGCGGUCUUACCUGGGCAGAAAUCCUGAUGGAUGUUGUCUCAGCUUGCUCCCUUCUCCAAAAGAGAAAUCAUUUUUGAUUUCUUCUCAAUAGUGAGCUCUUUUCACUAAAAUUGUCAGUGCACUGUAUUCCCAUUCCUAUUCAACACACCCUGUUUAGUUGGCAAAAGACCACAUUAAUAAAUAUUGCAUUGUUCAGCA